CACGAAUAUAUGAAUUGAGGAUAAAUGGAAGGUUAGGCUCUGCCACAGACUCUGGAAAGCAGAGAGAAAAGGAUGAUGAUGAUGACGGGUUUACUGGGUUGUUCUUGCCAGAACCAAACAACUCUGAAACUGCCUUCAAUUCCCACUUUCUCUUCCUUACCUUUCCUUUUCAAAAAUUCAACCUUUUCUUUCCACAAAUCGUCAUUGCCACGUCCCAUCAAAGCUCUCUCUUCUGCCAUCCUCCAAACAGCUACUCCUAAGGCCCCUCAAGACCAGGGUGUCAAGCUUCAAUGGAAGGCCACGGUGGACUUCAAGUGGAUAAAGGAUAACAAGGAAGCCGUUGCUGCCAACUUAAGGAACCGUAACUCUGACGCUGAUUUGGAUCUUGUUCUCCACCUUUAUGACGAAAUGCUUACUCUUCAGAAGGAAGUUGAGAGGGUUCGUGGAGAAAGAAAUGCAGUUGCUAACAAGAUGAAAGGAAAAUUAGAUCCCUCUGAGCGUCAAAGAUUGAUUGAGGAAGGUACUUUUGGUGCUAUUUUUCACCCAACUUCAUUUUGGGUUAAUUUCUUAAGACGCUUUUUGUAUGCAGGGAAGACUUUGAAGGAGGGACUUGCUGCUUUCGAAGAUGACCUAGUGGAGCUUAAUAAUAGGCUUCAGCUGGAAGCACAGUGUAUACCAAACAUGACACAUCCUGAUGUUCCAAUAGGAGGCGAGGAUUGUUCCACCAUAAGGAAAAUGGUUGGCAGUUCUCCAAAUUUCAGCUUUCCUGUCAAGGAUCAUCUCCAACUAGGGAAGGAGCUUGAUCUAUUUGAUUUUGAUUCAGCUGCAGAGGUCAGUGGGUCAAAGUUCUACUACCUGAAAAAUGAAGCAGUUUUGUUAGAGAUGGCUCUUAUAAAUUGGACACUCUCUGAAGUGAUGAAGAGAGGCUUUACUCCAUUAACAACCCCUGAAAUUGUGCGAUCCUCUGUUGUUGAAAAAUGUGGAUUCCAACCGCGUGGAAAUAAUACCCAGAUUUAUUCCAUCGAUGACAGUGACCAAUGCCUCAUCGGCACUGCAGAGAUUCCUGUUGGUGGCCUUCAUAUGGAUUCUAUACUCUCUGACUCUUUCCUACCUUUAAAAUAUGCGGCAUUUUCUCAUUGUUUCCGAACGGAGGCCGGUGCUGCUGGCACUGCUACAAGAGGUCUUUAUCGAGUUCACCAGUUCAGCAAGGUUGAAAUGUUUAUUUUCUGCCGCCCCGAAGAGAGUGAACAUCACCACCAAGAGCUGAUUAAAAUUGAAGAAGACCUCUUCUCAUCCCUGGGAUUGCAUUUUAAAACUUUGGAUAUGGCCUCUGCAGAUCUAGGUGCACCUGCCUAUCGUAAAUUUGAUGUGGAGGCAUGGAUGCCUGGUUUAGAAAGGUUUGGUGAGAUCUCUAGCGCCUCAAAUUGCACAGAUUAUCAGAGUCGUCGUUUGGGAAUAAGGUAUCGUCCUGCAUCAGAAGCACAGGUGACAAGUGGAAAAAAAUCUAAAGGCAAUCUUGCUCCACCACAGUUUGUUCACACAUUAAACGCAACAGCUUGUGCAGUACCACGGAUGAUUAUAUGUUUAGUUGAGAAUUACCAACAAGAAGAUGGAUCUGUCCUUAUCCCCGAGCCCUUGAGGCCUUUCAUGGGUGGCCUUAGUGUCAUAUCCAGAAAAUCAUUGUAAGUGAUCACAGUCUUUGUUUCCAUUUGGAGGAUGCUGUUGCGGCAGAGUAUACUAUGGUGAUAGAUGAGUUGAAGCAAUUUUCAUCAGAAUGAUAUUUUUACAAAUGAUCUUACUGAUUUUUUAUCCUUACAAACUAGAGAUUUUGUAUUGUUACCCUUUCUUCCUCUGGAAUGUAGCCACACAAAUUUGAUAAUGCAACGUGUAUGUAAUUUUUUUAUUGAGAAGGAUAAUGGGAGGGACAUAAUUUUUUA